CGUCCCACCUCCCUCUUUCUCUCCCAGUCAAGACGCUCCAAACUCGCAGGAGCGCAAACUCUCCAAAGAGUUCCCAGCUCCUGCUGCAGGACUGCGCCGAGUUGGAAGGAAGCGAGAGAAAAGUUUCAAAACAGACACGAACCGAAGUUGAGAAGUGCUGGAGUGCAUCGGGACAUGACGAAGAGGCGGAAUGGUCCCCCAGCCGAGCAGCACAUGUGAGCCCAGAGGCCACCGGUAACGGUUUUUUCUUUUAACUUCAAAGGAGACGGUGGAAAGGGGAGGCUGAGAGAAGAGAAGAGAGCGUAAAGAGAGAGAUAAAGAUCCCCUGAGAGCUGACUGUCACCUCGACACCAUGGUCUUUGUGCCGGGGAUCAGCUGGGUCUUCUUGAGCGCUCUCAUGCAAACUGUGGCACCCUGGGGCGCACAGCGAGCCGGCAGACCGAGGCAGUGCGACGCACCAAAGUCGCAAAGUGACAUGAACUCGUUCCUGUGGAGGGUAAAGCGAGCGCCUCCUCACCCACCUUCCUACUUGUUUGGUACCAUCCAUGUGCCCUACACCCGAGUGUGGGACUUCAUCCCCAACAGCUCCAAGCAGGCUUUCCACAAAAGCAACAACAUCUUUUUUGAGCUUGACCUGACGGACCCGCUCACCAUCUCCAAACUGACAAGCUGCCAGCUGCUUCCCCACGGAGAGAACCUGCAGACGCUGCUACCUCGAGACUUGUACCGCCGCCUCAAACGCCACCUGGACUACGUGAAGCACAUGAUGCCUUACUGGAUGACGGCGGACCAGCGGGGCCGCGGUCUGUACGCCGACUACCUGUUCAACGCCAUCGCAGGGAACUGGGAGAGGAAGAGGCCCGUGUGGGUGAUGCUGAUGGUGAAUUCCCUGACCGAGUGGGACGUCCGGUCCAGAGGGACUCCGGUCCUGGACCUGUUCUUGGCUCAGGAGGCUGAGCGGAUGGGAAAGACGACGGGGGCGGUGGAGCGGGUGGAGGAGCAGUGCCACCCCCUCAACGGGCUCAACUUCUCUCAGGUGUUGUUUGCUUUGAACCAGACGCUGCUGCAGCACGAGGGCGUCCGAGCGGGCAGCCUGCAGGGCUCCUACACCACCGAGGACCUCAUUACGCACUACAACUGUGGUGACCUCAGCUCCAUCAUCUUCAACCACGACACCUCACAGCUGCCUCACUUCAUCAACAGCUCCCUGCCAGCCCACGACCGCAUGACGGCCCAGCAGAUUGACAGCUACUUCCGCCAGGAGCUCAUCUACAAACGCAACGAGCGAAUGGCCCGACGGGUGUCUGCCCUGCUGCAGAGGAACCCCAACCAGACCUACUUUUUUGCUUUCGGUGCAGGUCAUUUCUUGGGGAACCACAGUGUUCUGGACAUCCUCAAACAGGAGGGCUACGAGAUCGUCCACACGCCGUCUGAUCACCAAGAGCCGGUCACAGAUAAACCAGAUGAAGAACCACCUGCAGCAGGAUCCAGCGAGGAGACCACCGACACCACUACCACCAACAGUCCAACCAGUCCGGAGACGGAGGUGGAGCUGGAAGAACCGGACUUCAUGCCCGGCCUCGGAGGAGAGGAGCUGCCUCACAUUCUGCUCCCCGACAGCCUGAGCCAGCUGGAGGAGUUCGGACGGCACAAAAGGCCUCGCAAAGCUCACCGAGGCCACGGCAGACCUCGUCUCUUCAGCGACCUGUGGGUUCGCAUCGGAGACAGCACAACUCCACCACCUAACUUGAGGAUAAUCAAUGGCUACGUAACGGUGGAGCCUCCAUUGACUCAUCAGGAGCAGCACAGAUGGAUGGAGAUCAUCACUACAGAGGAACAGCCCAGUUCACCAACCUCGACUCCGCCGAGCUCCAGCUCAGCCCAGCCGGCUUUAAUCCACAGCGCUCUGUCCUGUGUUUUAGCCUGGCUGUUAUCACACAUGCUGUUCACCUCCUGACCACAAGAUGGUUGUUAUCUCACAGGCAAACACUUAAGACACUACUGCAUCCAUAGCAGAGCAGUGGAAUGUACAUGACAAAGACAGAAAAAAAGGAUGCCCAUCAGCAGGCACAGAGAUGGAGAAAUAUUUCAGCUGGAACAAGACGUCAUCAGGAGGAAAAGCUCGGCUGUCAAAGAUCAGCUCCAGCCUGAAGAAAAGCCAAGUUUUUAAGAAAAAUUAAGUCUCAAAAUGUGUGGAACAAGCUCUCAGCCAAGCCACGAAUGGAUUGUGUUGGGCUGUAAAGGGUGGAGUCCAAACCUCAUGAAAGUAUUAAGAGAGAAUAACAAACACUAUAAUAAGAUGAAGAAUUGUAACUUUGAAGAGUUGGCAUUUUCUACCUAAUGACAAGUGUAAUACUGUAUAGAAAAAUAAAACUGACCUUAAUAAUGAGACUAGAACAUACUAAUGGCAGUUAUAACUCUGAGAUUACUGAUUUGAAUGCAUACAGUACUGUGUAUGAGGUGCAGCACUUGGUUGCCACUUUGUAAAUUGUGCAUUUUGUUCAUAAAGAAAUAUUGUAUAUUUAUUAUUUCUGGAAGAAAAGAGUAUAUUUUCCUGCUUUUUGAAAGAUAAAUGAAAACAAUUAAACUCUGAAAACUAA